UGCCCCGGUCCCAGAUCCCUAAAUGUUCAGGAUACUAAAUCUGGAGUCCUGUGAGCAGCGGUGGGUGGGGCCUAGGUGUCCAGUUUAAAGUGAGUCUGAAUCUUGUCUUGAUGUCUAGUCUCUCUGUUGGGGUGUACACGGAUUGACCACUCCUUCGGGCCGUUCUUUUACUCUUGGAUAUUUGGGGGGGAACGCUAAUCCGCAAACAUGACCGACGCGCAACAAGAGGCCCGCUCCUACCUGAGCGAGGAGAUGCUGGCUGAGUUCAAAGCCGCCUUUGACCUGUUUGACACCGACGGUGGCGGUGACAUCAGCACCAAGGAGUUGGGUACGGUGAUGAGGAUGUUGGGCCAGAACCCGACGAGAGAGGAGUUGGACGAAAUCAUCGAGGAGGUCGAUGAGGACGGUAGCGGCACCAUCGACUUCGAGGAGUUCUUGGUCAUGAUGGUGAGGCUGCUCAAGGAGGACCAGGCCGGCAAGAGCGAGGAAGAGUUGGCAGAGUGCUUCCGUGUGUUUGACAAGAACGGAGACGGCUACAUCGACAGAGAGGAAUUCGCCCAAAUCAUCCGCAGCAGCGGCGAGCCCGUCACAGAGGACGAGGUUGAUGAGCUGAUGAAGGAUGGAGACAAAAACUCCGACGGCAUGCUGGACUUUGAUGAAUUCCUCAAGAUGAUGGAGAACGUGCAGUAAAUCAAACAGGACUUUUGGACAUUCCUCCACCCUCCUGUGAGACCUCUGUCUGAACACAUCUGCACCAACCUUCGCCCUGCCUCCACCUCUCUGACCCGAAUAAGCACCCACACUCCCCUUGUUGUCCACCUGGUUCACUGCCUUACCUCUCCAUCCUUGUAGCCUUGCAGACAUCCUCAGCAGGGCACCUGGUGGGGGUCGCCGGCUGAGCUGACUCCCUCUGAAGGCAGACAGCAGGCUACCGAUGCUGUGCUGACACUGGACCCCGCCACCGGACAGCAAAGCUGCAAUGAGGAAAUUCAGUCAACACCUUCUGCUGAUUGCUAGGCUUGGUGUCUUCAUCGACCCCCCUCUUUGUGAAGUUCUGAUCCAGAUGUAGUCUAGAUAGAAGGGCAGCCUGUGACCUGCUGCUUAGACCAAUUAAUUCAAUUUCUUCACUGUAAAAAGAAGCUUGAAAAGAAUAAAUGAACUAACACCUGCUCACUUGUAGUCGGUCUGUCAUAUUUAUGGUCUGUGUAAAAAGUAUUUUGUUUUUGAGGAAUUUAAAUAAAAUGCCUUUGUUUCUUCA